UAAUAUCGACAAUAACAAUUUAAUCUUUAAAAUAUUUCUUUCAUAUCACAUCUUAUUGAAGAGAGCAAGCAUAAUUUGACCGUAGCUUGUCUUACAUAUAAAAUUACAAAAUCUGCUGUAACACAAUGGAUCAGGACCUUGGAAGCGUUCUGGAUGAUCAGUUGUUGCCAAGCAACAAGUCAGAUGUCUUCGUGAUUAGCCAAUCAGCUAGCAGCGCCGGUGAUUUGAUCAGCGAUGAGGAAUUUAACAACUUUAACAUUUAUUUUCUCCAGAUGUCACUUUCUUUGGUUUCUUCAGUUGGUAUCGUGACAAAUGUCAUGAAUGUCAUGGUCUACUGGAAGCAUGUACCGAGGUACGGGGUCACGUCUACAUUUAUUUUCCUGUCUGUGUCUGACGUAGCUAGCUGCGUGUUCUCUUUGCUUAGCAUUUGUUGCUAUGUUAUCCAGGGUCACUGGCCCAUCAGGAGCGUAAAUAUGCUGGCUAUCCAGUACGCAUACCUUGGUUAUAGCCGGGGGUGUGCAUACGUCAUUUCUACCUGCCUUACGGUCUACCUAUCAGUGGAGCGCUGUUUUUGCAUCAAAUUCCCGCUUAAUGUCAAGGUUAUCCUUGCCCCGCACCGCUCUUUGCUCAUUAAAUUUUCCAUCGUGGUCUUUGGUCUUGCUUGUUUCACUCCAGCCUGGGCCACACAAGGCCUGCAGGUCGUCUUCGACACUACCACCAACGAAACUCACCUUGACCUUUGGCUGGCUGACUGCAGGCGAGAGAUCGACCUUUUUGUUGACACGUUUGCCGGAGUCGUGAUACCGACCGUCGCCCAAGUCGUGAUAACUGUCUGUGCUGUUUUUAUCAUCAACGGCCUAAAAUCGUCCGCUGAAUUUCGACAGGUCGCCUCCGGAAAACAAAUAAGGUCCAAACUGGGAGAGAAAACUUUGCUCGAAGACUUGGGCGACAAAGCGCAGACGAUCAUGACGUCAAAGGAAGCCAAAGCAGCAAAAGUUGUAGUCCUUGUAGCCGUCCUCUUCUUCGCCUGCAAUGUCCCAGUUCUGCUGGUGGCCUACACAAGGAUGUUUAUCACUGAGCUUGACUUUGGUAAAAUGUAUUACAAACUAUACAAUGUACUCUACACCGUGGUCUACGCCUCUGGGCUGGUCAACGCCUGCGUGAACAUUGUGAUCUACUAUACAGUUAGCGCCAAAUUCAAGUCAGUAUUUCUCUCUCUAUUCUGUAAAUCUUAAAAUGAGUUACAAGAGAAAACAAUCCAUCAGUGGACACUUCACAAACAAACAUUACAAUGAAUCACGAUCCGGACAGUAACGAAGAAUAACUAUAAGCUCGCGAAUUUAAUUUUAACCCGCCCCCUCCUUUUUUUUUUAAAGUAUAUCUUUAUAGUGGUCUUUUUUUUUACUUUUUUUUCUUUGGCUAGGUCAGUGCUUCUCAACCUGGGUGACUGCCUGGUAUGUGCCCUAGUCUGUCCUCAAAAUGGUCCCUGAUCGAUUCCUGCCCUCUUCAAUCCCCUGCUUCCUGCAGCUGCACGUAACAACCUUCUUUCUGAAGUAACUUCCGAAACAAAAGCAGGAACAACACAAAAGACUUUAAAAACCUGGGGUGUAGUUUGAGAUCCCAAUGAUACUCAGUCUUUGUGAUUUCUUUGUGUAUUAUGGCAGGAGUUUCGAUGGGCUGUAUUACAAGGCGUCAGGGGCGGUAUAUGGCACCCGGGUAGAAGCACUAACCUAGGUAACAAAUGUAGAUCUU